AAUUUCAUCUUUCAUUUCUAAUGAUUCCAAUCCAUUGAACAAUGAUUCACUUUGUCCUUCUUGUUACUCGUCAGGGAAAGGUGAGAUUGACCAAAUGGUAUUCUCCGUAUUCCCAAAAAGAAAGAACUAAGGUAAUCCGAGAGCUUAGUGGGAUAAUUUUGACUCGGGCACCUAAACUAUGCAACUUUGUAGAAUGGAGGGGAUUCAAAGUUGUUUAUAAAAGAUAUGCUGGACUAUACUUUUGCAUGUGCAUCAACCGGGAUGACAAUGAGCUAGAGAUUCUUGAUAUAAUUCACCAUUAUGUUGAGAUUUUGGACAGAUAUUUUGGCAGUGUUUGUGAGCUUGACUUGAUCUUUAACUUCCAUAAGGCGUACUAUAUACUGGAUGAGAUUUUGAUAGCUGGGGAACUUCAGGAAUCGAGCAAGAGAACAGUUAUACGAUUGAUAGACGUUCAGGAUACAAUAGUGGAGGUUGCAAAAGAGCAGGCCAGUUUAGUGGGUAACAUAAUAGCACAGGCCACCAAGUAAUGCCCUGCCAGAUUCUAGCUCGGAUCACAUCACAACCACAAAGUACAAAAAUCUGAUGCAAUGCAGUAUCAUUUGUCAUUCCACCUAUUUGUCAUUGAUGAAUAAUAAAUGCCAUAAUUGCAA